ACCGACAGCGUACUUAUACACAGUACCGCAGCGACGUCGGCGCGCGUAUCGCACACAAGGUUCGCAAACGUUCGUCCGUACACUUCUCGUUAACGCAUUGACGGUAGCGCGCUUUUCAGUUGAUUUUAUUUUUUCUUUAUAUAAACUUUUCGCCCGCUAAACGGUCACCAGUCUAUUUAUGGGCCACGACGAGGCGGCCAACGGCAGUGUCCGAGCCUGAGUGUAUCGGUCGGCGCCUGCGAGCGAGGUCAUCCCGCGCGUACAAUCACGUCCCGCGGUUUUUUCUUUCAAGCGAAAAAUAUAAACAUCUAUAUUUAAAUAAUAGAUAUUUCAAUCCGGUUUAAGUAUUUGGACGACAUUCAAUCAUGGGCCGCAAGUUACCGCUUCUCUCAUCAUGCAUGGGCUGUCCGCUGAAGACGGGUGCCCUCAUCAGCGGCAUUUACGGAAUUGUAAUUGCUAUAAUCACAUUAAUAGUGAUCCUGGUAUACGAUAUUAAAAUACAGACCAUCGUCAUCGACUUCUUACCCAAAACUGUUGUAAAAAUCAUUGUUGCAAUCAAUCUCAUAAUGACAAUUUUGAUAUCAGCUUUACUGUUAGCUGGGAUAUUAAUGAGAAACAAAUUAUUGAUGCUACCUUGGAUCGUGCUAACAAUUAUGCUAUGUAUUGGACUAGUCAUAUCUGUUUUGUAUACCACUAUUGACUUUUUAAUACACGCAUAUUACAUCACAAGCAUUCUAGUACUAGUUGUUGGCAUGCUCGGUGUCUGUAUUUAUGUAUACAUGUGGUGGGUGACCUACAGCUAUUACCAAAAAAUAAAGGAAGAAGACAACCGAACACCUUAUACAAGAACCCCGUAUUAUGGCUAAUAGCUUCUAAAUUAAUAUACUUCAUAGUUUAUUAUUAUUUUUACCAAAUGUAUUUGAUAAGUUUUUGCCAGUAAGGAUUCACACAUAAAUCAUAAUCAACCUGAUUAAUCUACAUGUCCAUGGUAAUAUUAGGCUUACUGCAAUGUUAUGUAGGUAGUGUAUACAUUUUUGUUUUGUCUGUUAAUUUAUAAAGCACUAUUUAUGUUUUAAAAUUUAUAUAAUAUUUAUAUUUUGUAUAUAAUAAACAAUUUAAUAAAAUACCCACAAAAUUAAAAUAAUGUUAAAUUUCAAUAAAUAUUAUUAUGUGAUAAAAC